AUGCCUCUCUGGACUUUUGGACACUCUGCUGGUGCCUUCACCGCCGAAGAAAAAAGAGACCUAGCUCAAGGAAUCACGAAGAUCUACGCUAGCAGUGGUCUUCCUGCUUUCUAUGUCAACGUACAGUUCAUCCCCCUUGGGGCGGACGAUCUGUGGUAUGGGGGCGAGCCUCACCCCAAAUUUACCAUGAUAGGCAUCUACCACAUUGCCCGGAACAUGGAGGACUUCCCAGAGGAACGCCAACAGGCGUUCCUCAAGGCGGUAGAUAAUAUCCUGACUCCGAUAAUGACUAAGAAGGGCAUGGGCUGGGAGUAUUUUCUGAUGGAAGGCCCACGGAAGUUUUGGAAGAUCAAUGGCAUUGUGCCUCCUCCUACCGGCUCAGAGAUGGAGAAACUUUAG